AUGCCUUAUACGAAAGGUUAUGAUAAAUGUCUUUAUAAUUUUGAAGAAAAUUUAAAAAAAACAUAUGACAGAAUUAAAAAGAUAAAGAAAAAUGAAGAAAUUGUAUAUGAACAUACAAAGUUAGAAGAUAGUGAAAUAAAAGAAAAGAUCAUAUAUUUGUUAGGUUUAAAUUAUGGAGAAUAUAUAUUAUUAAGGGGAAAUUUUCGUUUUAGGCUUAUAAAAGGGUUAGCUUAUUUUAAUGGGGAAAUAUUAAAACCAUCUAUAGAAUAUAAAAAUGUGAACAUACCCGAUUUCAGUCCAAUGAUUAAACUAAUAGGCUUAAAUGAUAUGAAUGUAAAAUGUGAAAAUGGAAUAUUUAAAAGAGUUGUUCAUGACACUAGCAAGGAUGAUAAUAAAAACGAAAGAGAUAGUCACAUUUACAACGGAAUUGUUCAUAAUGUAGAAGUAGAAAAUGUAGAAAAUGUAGAAAAAUGCAAUGAUUAUGAUCCUCAUAUUAGUAAGGGUCGAAUGGAAGAUAAGAGUGAAAAAGAAUUGUCAAAUGAUGUAAAUAAAACUGAAGAAUUAAAAGAGGAUAUAAUUAAAAAUGGUAAUAAUAAUAAAAAUGGUAGUGAUAAAAAUGGUAGUGAUAAAAAUGGUAGUGAUAAAAAUGGUAGUGAUAAAAAUGGUAGUGAUAAAAAUGGUAGUGAUAAAAAUGGUAGUGAUAAAAAUGGUAGUGAUAAAAAUGGUAGUGAUAAAAAUGGUAGUGAUAAAAAUGGUAGUGAUAAAAAUGGUAGUGAUAAAAAUGGUAGUGAUAAAAAUGGUAGUGAUAAAAAUGGUAGUGAUAAAAAUGGUAGUGAUAAUGAUAAUGGUAAUAAUAAUGGUAAUGAUAAAGAAUCUGAAUAUUUCGAUAUGUGUAUGAAAGGGAGCGAAAAUAUUUUUGAGUGUUCAGAAAAUAUUUUAGAAAAUUAUUUAUUUUGUUUAAAUAUGCUAGAAGAAGGUAACAUAAAAAAAGGGGAAUUUAAUGAAUAUUUAAAAAUAAAAAAAACGGAAAUGAUAAAUAAUUUUGCAAGUAAUUGUAUGAUGGAUACAAUAAAUUUGUAUUUAAAAAAUUUCCCUAUAGUUAUUGCAUUUGAAAAAAAAAAAAACUUUUUGUAUAAUUUAUAUAAUAAUAAUGAUCCUAAAAAAAUUAUAAAUAUAACUAAUAGUGGAAAAAAUAAUAGUAUAUAUAUUAAUACUUAUCAAAUGUCUUAUAUAGUCAAAGAAUUUAUGAUCUAUAUGCACAAUAAAAAAAAAUACAAAAUCGAUUAUAUUUUAAAAAAAGUUGAGGAAGAGAGUAUAUCUAGGGAAUUGCCAACUCAGUUUGGUGAUUUAGAAAAUAAAAAGGAAGGUGUAGCGAGUUUAAAUUGUAAAGAAAGCGAGAUAAAUUGUAAAGAAAGCGAGAUAAAUUGUAAAGAAAGCGAGAUAAAUUUUCGUUCAUACAAAAAGUCGAAAGUGGAAAAUGUGAAGAAUGGAAAUGGUUCAGUGGAAGAGGAAAAGACAAAUCAUAAGGGCGAUGAAGAUGGUAAAAAUUGUGAAUAUGGUAAAAAUUGCGAAGAUGGUGAAGAUGGUAAAAAACGUGAUAACGAUUUGAGAGUGAACAAAAUAAAAGCACAAGACUAUUUAACAAAAUUAAAGAAAGAUAACAUUUUUGACGAAAAAUUUGAAAGUAAUAAAAAUGAAGAGUCAAGAUUUGAUGGGAUUGCCAGUAUAAUUGUAAUGGGUGAUAAAGGAAAAGGGAAAAGUUAUUUUGUUACAAAUUUGAUAAAUAAUUUAUUAAAUUAUAAUAAAAAUGGAAUAUUAUUAUUAGACAUAGAUGUUGGACAGCCAAUUAUUGGAAUAAGUGGAUUCAUAUCUUUAUAUAAAACAAAAAGCUCGUUGAAUAUUUAUAAUUUUUUUUAUCCUAAAAAAUUUAAAUGUAUUAAAAAAAUAUUUUUUGGAAGUUGUUCAAUUAUGGAUAACCCAAAUUUGUUUAUUAAAUGUUUAGAGGAAAUAUAUAAUUAUUUGUUUAACGUAUAUUUGAAAAAAAAGGCUGAAAAGGCUGAAAAAGCUGAAAAAGCUGAAAAAGUUGAAAAAGUUGAAAAAGUUGAAAAAAAAAAUAUAAGACCAUUUUUAUACCCAUUAGUUGUUAACACAUUUGGAUGGGUAAAAGAUAUGGGAUUAUUUUUGUUAAAUUUAAAUAUUUUAUUAAGCAAAGCUGAUUUUAUUAUUCAAAUAGAUUCAUUAAAAAUAGAGAAAAAAAUGAAACAAUUAUUUAGUAAAAAAGAAUUUUAUAAAUAUAUGUUUAACGAUUUUUUGAUUGUACAUAAUGACAAAAAGAUGGUAGAUGUGAAGGAUCAAGAAAUAUAUUAUGAAAAGGGACAAAAAAAAGUAAAAAAUAAAUAUAUUAUUUUUAAUUUGAAUAAUAAAAAUGUUAAUUUAAUUGCAAAAAAUCAUUCUAUAUUCAAUACAAUUAUUAACUAUAAUUAUGGAUUACGUGAAUCUGAUUUAUUGUUUUAUGACUGUUCUAUGUCUUUUAAAAAAGAAGAAAAAAUCGAAAGAGAAAUGAAAGAUAAUAAACAUUAUGUUAAUAAGCAAGUUUAUAAAAAAAAAAUGUAUAACGUAAGUAAUACUAAUAGUGAUAGUAAAAAUGGUGCGUCAGAUGUUGAACGAGGAAAAUGGGGUGAUGUAGUUAAACAAUAUAAUGGGUACGGAAUUAAUGGACAAAAUAAAAAAGAGACUAAAGAUGUUAAUGAUUAUAGGAAAAAUUAUUGUUAUAAACCUUUGUUAGAUUAUAUAGAUAAUAGUAGUAUAUAUAAAAAUGAUCCUGAAAAAAAACACACCAAAUAUCGUAAUUAUUUUUAUAAACGUUAUCGAGGUAUUAUUAAUCCUAUGAUACAUAAAUAUACAAAAAAUGAAUCUAUAAAUUAUAAUACAAGUGAAAUAAAUAAUUUAAAAAAUUCUGAAAAAAUACAUUAUGAUAAAAAUAAAAUAAAUACCCAAUUUACAGAAAAAUGUCCAUUUUUAGUGAAUAAAAAUAAUUAUGUAGAUAAUAAUGAAAAUAUAAAAAAUUAUGAUGAUUAUAUUAAAAAGAUUGAAAAUUAUUUUGAUAAAAAAUGUGUACGAAUAAUAAAUUUUGUAAGUUAUAAAAAAAAUAAUUUUUAUGAAAAUUUGAAUAAACUUAAUUUGCAAAAUAAAAAUAUUCCUAUACUUGCAAAAAAUUUAAGAGCAUAUCGUUUUUUUUGUUUUUUAUUUUUUAAAUUUAAAAAAAUUAUAUUUUAUUUACAUAGUUUUUCAUUAUAUGAUGGAAUAAAUGAUUUUUUUAUGAAACAUGAACAUAAAGUAGCUGAAUAUGUAUUUUGUAUAAUUGUUAAAAAUGAAGGGAUAAGAAGUAAUGAUAUUUGUCUAAAUAAUGAGAAGAAUCCACAAAAUUAUAGUUAUAUGGAAAUAUUUAAUAAUAGUUCUAUGGAAAAAGAGGAAAUAAAAUAUGAUACAUUUUGUAGAAACAAUAUGAAAGAAAAUUAUGAUGUAAAUGUUGAAGAGAAAUUAAAUGGUAAUGAUGAUGAUGGUAAUGGUGACGAUAUCGAAAUUGAGAGUAGUUAUUGGGAUGACACUAUUUAUAAAAAUAAUUUUUUAUUUAAUUGUGUUGUAUUUGAUUUGAAAAAUAUAAAAUUAAGUAAUAUAGGGUUGAGUAAAAAUAGUAAUGAUAUAUAUGAAGAGGGUAAUUUUUUGGCAUAUAAAUAUUUUUUUAAUAACAUUAUAUGUUUAUGUAAUGACAAUAUCGAAAAUAAUGUAUCAUCUAACAAAAGUGAAGACAAUUCAGGAAACAAUAAAAAAGUGAAUUAUAAUAUUAUUCGUAUAGAUAUAGAUACAAAUUUUGAAAAUAUAAAUUCGGUUAUUAAAAAAACAGAGUUAGAAAAAAAUAAUGUUAAAAUAGUUGAAGUAUCAGAACAUUUUACACAUAUAAUAACAGGAUAUAUAAAAUUAAUAAAUAAUAUGCAACUUAUAAUUUAUUUGCCAUAUUGGUUUAAAGAUUUUGACAUUCUUAAAAAUGUUAAUACAUUUGUUUCGGGAAUUAAUCUUAUCCCUUAUAACAUAAAUGAUAUAACUAAUAAUUAUCCUUAUUAUGUAGAUAUUGUAACUGCAAAAGAGGAUGAAAUAUUUAAAUUUUUAAAUGAUGAAAAAGAUAACGAAAUAAAACAAGAGAAUACAUAA